AUGGCGGAAGCUGUCAUCGUCGGUAUUGCUGGAAAGAUCGUUGCUUAUCUAGGUCCUCAAGCACUAGAAAAUGUUGGAAAGUUAUGGGGCGUUAAGCAAGAACUUGAGGUGCUCAAGGACGGUGUCUCCACUCUUCAGCAAGAUCGGCCCAUGCACGUGCUUGAAGAAUUUAAUAUAGAAGCCAUGCGACUAGAACUGAGGGGCCACAAUGAAAUGAUGAAGGAGGGAGAGAUGAAGAUAAGAAGGUGGUCAUGGAAUUUGUACUUGGAUUCGGACGUGCAAGAGAACGUUUCCAUCCUUCCAAUAGUUGGUAUUGGGGGGCUUGGAAAAACAGCUCUUGCUCAAUGUGUGUAUAAUGAUAACAUUGUCAGUAAACAUUUUAACUUGAAAAUGUGGGUUUGUGUCUCUGAUGACUUUGACAUCAAAAAAAUAGUGAAAAAUAUGAUAGCUUGUGCAAAGACGAAAGAACCAACCGAGGUUGCGAUGGAACGGUUGCAAAGUGAACUGAGGGGAGAGAUUGAUGGAAAGAGAUACCUCUUAAUUUUAGAUGAUGUGUGGAAUGUAGAACGAGAAACAUGGCUGAGCUUGAAAACUUUAUUGUUGGGAGGUGCUGGAGGAAGCAAGAUCCUCAUAACUACACGCCUUACUUCGGUUGCGAAGAUCACCGGCACUGCUUCGCCUCAUCUUCUCAAGGGGUUAGAUGAAAGUGCGUCUCUUGAAUUACUCAUGCAAAUGGCUUGUUGUAAAGAAGAGGAGAUACAAGAUCCUGACAUGCUAGCUAUUGGUAAAGAUAUAGUUAAAGAGUGCUCCGGCGUUCCAUUGGCAAUUCGAACUAUUGGGAGUUUACUCUUUAAGAAGAGUAAGCACGAAUGGUUGCAAUUCAAAGAAAAAGAGCUCCUAGAUGUGUCCCAAAGGGAACACGGCAUAAUAUCAAUACUUAAGCUUAGUUAUGACCAUCUUCCUUCACAUUUGAAACAAUGUUUCGCGUUUUGUUCAUUGUUUCCCAAAGAUUAUGAAAUAAAGAAGCAGACUUUGGUCGAUCUUUGGAUGGCCGAAGGAUUUAUCCAGCCAUCAAAUAGAAGUCCGCAUUUAGAAGACAUUGCUCAUGGCUAUUUCAUGGAUCUACUUUGGAGCAACUUCUUCCAAGAUUUUCAAAAAGACGAGGAGACUUGCAAGAUGCAUGAUCUGAUGCAUGAUCUAGCCUGCUCAGUUGCCGGGACCGAGUGUUGGGUGGCAUGGGAUGACACAAAAUCCAUACACGAAAGAACUCGUCACGUAUCAUAUGGUUCAACUUUCGAUUUGAUGGGUGAAAUUCCAAUCUCAUGCUUGAAAGCAAGUGCAUUGAGAACAUUUCUGUCUACUAAGAGUCAUUGGGAAAUGGAACCAACGAGUGAAGUAGAUCUACGCCAACUCAUUCAAAGUUUCAAGAGGUUACGCGUCUUGGAUUUGCAUGAAAAUAAUGUUGAGAAGGUGCCAAGGUCCAUUUGUAAGUUGAAAUAUCUCACAUAUCUCGACCUCUCUGGCAAUUAUAAACUGAAAAGGCUUCCUAAAUCCAUUACGAGAUUGCAGAAUUUGCAAACACUUAAUCUUUGUGGUUGUAGGGCCCUUGAAGAAUUGCCAAGGGAUAUAAGGAAGUUAGUCAGCCUUCGAAAUCUAGACAUAGAUUAUUGUGAGAAACUUAGUUAUUUGCCACGCGGACUAGGGCAAUUGAGUUCUCUACAUAGGCUAACGCGCUUCAUUUUGCCCCCAAAAAAAGCUCUUGCUAAGAAUGGUUGUGAAAUUGGGGAGCUAAAAGAGCUUAAUAACAUCCUGGGAAGCCUUUGCAUUGAGAAUUUGGGAAGUGUGACAGAUGUCAAAGCAGAAUCCAAGGCUGCGAACUUGAUAGGGAAGCAUUCUCUGGAAUCUUUGGAACUUCAAUGGGGCGAUUCCGAUAUUGAUGAUUCAGUAAUUGGGAAUGGAGAUGAAAUGCUAUUAGAUGGACUGAGGCCACACUCAAAUCUGCAGAAGUUGAGGAUUAAAGGAUAUAAAGGUGAGAGCUUUCCAAGGUGGAUGACGGAUAGCCUUGUGUCUUCUUUGCCAAAAUUAGUUGAGGUACGCUUCGUCGGUUGCGGAACAUGUAAACAUCUCCCUCCAGUGGGCCAACUACCUCACCUCAAGAUUUUAGAGAUUUCGUCACUGACUGAAUUGGAAUACAUCGAGUCGGACCAUUCAUCCACUUCAGCGGCAUCAUUUCCUAGUCUAUUGGAAUUGAAGAUCUAUGAUUGUAUGAAAUUGAAAGCCAUGCCACCAGCUCCACAUCUCGAGCGAUUAAGCCUUGCUGGAAAUGUCUCGCCUCACUCGAAUCUCUGA